GGAGGCAGGGACACGGGGGUGGGUUCAAGGUGACAGGGAAGGUGGCAGAGUCGUGGGUGACCGGGGAAAGGCAGGAGGGUCAUGAGUGACGGGUUCGAGGUGACGGGGAUAAGGGUUCUGGUGUGAUGGGUUUGGGGUGACAGGAACAAGCGUUGACAGGGGUGACAAGGCCGCGGGAACACAGGGAAGGGGUUCAGUUGGCAGAGACAAAGCAGUAGGGACACAGGUGACAGAGCAAGAGUUCUGGGUGACAGGGACAAGGCAACAGGGAGGUGGGUGACUGUACAGGUGACAGGGGGACAAGAACACAGAGGUGAGGGAGGUUGCAGGCAGCAGAGGAUUGGAAUGACAAGGAAAAGGCAACAGGGUCAUGUGUGACAGGUUCAGGGGGACAGGGACACAGGUGAUAGGUGUUACAGGUGGUGGGGAUUCUGGGUGACAGGGACAGGUCAGCAGGGACACAAGUGACAGGAGUUCUGGGCAUUCAAGGCAACCGAUGAGGGGGUGACACACAUGAUGGGUGCCUGCACUGCGUGCAGGGGGGUCAAGGCGCAGGCACUUGGGGGAGGGAGUGUCACCCUGUCCCUUGCUGACACACCUUCCAGCAUGGAAUGACCGUGGCACCCGUCGUGGCCAACCUGGGGCCGCUGGAGGCCUUGACACUGAACCCCAACCCUGAUGAGGUGGAGGAGGUGUUCACCCUGCCCCUGGCUCACCUGCUCCGCGAGGAGAACCAGGGCUACACCAACUUCCGUACGGCCAGUGGCUACGGAUACACCUUGCCCGUGUUCCUCAACGGCCCCCACAAGGUGUGGGGGCUCACAGCCAUCGUCACCGAGCUGACCCUGGAGCUGCUGGUGCCUGGCCGCUACCGCAGGAAGACCCACGUGCCUCCCAGGAAAGCCCCGGCCUGAGCGGGGAGCGGCAGGGGGAGGCUGUGGGGUCCCGCGCCUCGGUUCUCCGCCCGUGCACGGGGGACUCGGCUCCGAGCCCAGCACUGAUGUCGCACACUGUGAUUCAGUAAAAGCCAUGUUUGGAACUGC